AUGGAAAUUUUAUUCAAAAUCAAAGUGCCAUGGAGGCAGUUACAUCAGAAGGACUUGCUUUCCCGUGUUCAGAUGUUGAAAGCUCUUCCGCGUGCAGCUUCGGUUCGUGGUGGAGGACGCACGCUUCCAGCGUCUUGGCGACGGCCACAAGCGAACGUGAUCAAGGUCAAUUUUGAAGGUUCCUGGAAGAAGGGAUGUCCAACAGGGUUUGGGUGUGUUGCUCGGAAUGAGGAGGGGCUUGUGAUGGCAGCAGCGACGGCAUAUCCGGUUGACGCUUCCUCUUCCUUGAUUACUGAGGCGCUUGCUUUCCGUUGGAGUUUAUCUAUAGCAGCUGAUUUGAUCUUCAUGGAUGUGGUGUUAGAGACAGAUUGCCUCCAGCUUUUUGAUGCAUGGCACAAACCAUUGCAUGGACCUUCUUAUUUUAUUUAUAUUCUUAAAGAUUGUAAGGAUUUGGUUUUGAGUUUUCGUAGUUUUAAUUUGUCGUUUGUUCGCCGAUCCGGUAACUCUGUAGCCGAUCACUUGGCUAAGAACUCCUCAAGAUAUCCCAACCAUGUUUGGAUUGAGGAGGUUCCUCCGGAUUGUGUUCCUUUAAUUGAUUAUGAUGAAACUACUUGUUGUUUAAGUAGAGAAAAACAAGAGAGGCGGACUAAAUUGAAAUCUAAUUUUUUAACAUUCAGAUUGUGA